GCAGGCCAUUGUACGCCCCGCCGUGCUGCAUGGGUGGGCCCCACUGUGCUGCUCUGCAUCUAUGGUUUCUGCUCCAUGAUGAGGCCCAUAGAGCCCUUCAUGACAGAGUUUCUCACAGGAACUUACAAGAACCUCACCAUCGAGCAGGUGACCAGACAGGUGUAUCCUGUGUGGACUUACUCCAGUCUGGUUCUCCUCAUCCCAGUCCUCCUGCUGACAGACUUCCUCAGGUACAAGCCUGUAAUCAUCAUCCAGGGGCUCACCUACGUCACAGCCUUUCUGCUGGUAAUAUUUGGCUCGGGCGUCCACGCGGUUCAGCUGGCGUUUUUCAGCUACAGCAUUGCCACGGCAGCAGAUGUGGCCUAUUUCUCCUACAUUUACACCGUGGUCCACGCCAGCUACUAUCAGAGAGUGACCAGCUACGUCAGCGGGGCCAUACUUCUGGGCUAUGCUGUGGGUGCUGUGUUGGCUCAACUGUUAGUGUCUUUGGGUGGGGUGUCCUUGUACUGCUUAGCUUUCGUGACUGUCAUCUCUGUCUCUGUAGCACUGAUAACCUCCUUUUUCCUGCCCAUGCCUCAAAACAGUUUAUUUGUUAAUGGAUCAUAUUACGCACAGCAGAGAAACUCAGGCGAGGACGCUCACGACUCAGAAAGUCAGGACUGUUACAGCAAGGUGGAGAGCUUGAUGGCUGCCAAGCAUGUUGGGAGGAUGUUCAGAAGGCUCAUACUGGACUGUAAGAAAUGUUAUUCUUCUGUGGCUGUGCUCUUCUUCUGCAUAUGGGCAGCUACAGGGAGGUGCGGCUUCUACCAGGUUGUGGGCUACGUCCAGCUCCUCUGGGUCCACAUCCAACCCCAUAACUUCACAGCCUGCAAUGGAGGGGUCGAUGCCAUCAGCACUUUGUCAGGAGCUGCAGCCACAGUUGCUGUGGGCCACGUGUCUCUGGAGUGGUCUCUGUGGGGGGAACUGAUCCUGGGGGGUUUCACGCUCCUGAUUGCCGGGGCUUUAUUCCUGAUGGAUAUGACUGACAACAUCUGGAUCAGCUACGCAUGCUACAUCCUCUUCAAAACUUUUUACAUGCAGCUCACCACCAUCUGCACUUUUCAGAUAGCCAAGGCACUGAACAGGAAGUGCUACGCGUUGGUAUUCGGCAUGAACAGUUUCGCGGGCACAGUCCUCCAGAGCGUCCUCACCGCCAUCGUCAUCAACACCAAGUCUCUACAGCUCACCAUCACCUCCCAGUUUUUUAUCUACGCCUCCUACUUUGCUGCCAUCUCCCUGCUGUUCACAGUCAGAGGUGUAUACACUGUGCUCCACAUGAAACGGCCCGCUGCAGGCAACCGGGCAGAGAGAGCCACCGACCUGCCGGAGGGCUCCCGUCCGUGAAGGCCCUCUGAGAACACGCAGAUUUUUAUUAAGCUCCCAUCGUUUAAAUGAUCAGUGACCACAGCGGCAGGAUUUAUCCAGUCGAUUCAACAGACUCAGGGAGUGAAAGUGCGGUCCCCACGCGGGGCCACUAGAGGACACUACCUGCACAUUAUAAAACAACAAGAACUCAGGACGGCAGCUCUGUGGUGGCUUAAUCUAAACACAGAAAUGUUAGGUCAUUACUCUGUAUGUAUGUUUUUAUAAGUUCUAUGCCAGAAAAAGUACCUGAGCAUCAACUUAUACAGGCGUUGGACUUUCAGAGAUACAGGGCUUUGCAAUCUGAAAGGCUAAAAUCUAUGCAGUUGUGCAUUUUUAUUUUCAAAACUAACUGCCUGUGUAACAAUUCAAGUCCCCUGAAGUCUAAAUCCCAUUUAAGCCCCUUUGUCAUGUGGUAACAUGGACAACUUAGCUGGCAAACAGCAUCUUUAAUGAGUUUUUUCAAGCCCUCUCCAUGUUGGCUGUGAAGCAGCAUUUGGUAACAUACAGGCUUAUCAGGUAAAUUACAACCAGGACAUUAAAAAUAUUAUAGUUGCAGAAACUCACUAGCAAAAUUACAAAGUAAAUAUGGCAGACAAACAAGUUCUUGUUGAAAAGAAACUUCGAGGAUAUUGUUUAU